AUGGCCAGGUCAAGACUGUUCUGUGUCCUGUGUGUUAUCCUUCUGAGUGCAGUAGUUAUCAUCUGUUUCCUCAUUGGCAUUUUCAGCAGCCGACAAUGCUCCAGAGGGCAGUUCACGCAGGCUGCAGUGGCGGCGGAUUCUCUGAAGUGCUCUCAGAUCGGCAGAGAGAUGCUGCAACAGGGAGGUUCAGCAGUAGAUGGCGCCAUAGCAGCGCUUCUCUGCACGUCAUUGAUUAAUCCCCAGAGCAUGGGCCUGGGGGGUGGAGCCAUAUUCACCAUCAUGGACAAAUCAGGCAAAGUCAAGGUCAUCAGCUCAAGAGAGACAGUUCCAAAAACGUGUAAAACGGAUCUUAAGCAGUGCCCAGACUCGCCACAGUUAACCCCAGGCCCUCAGUGGAUUGGCGUGCCCGGGGAGCUGCGUGGGUACGAGCGGGCACACAAGCUCUAUGGCAAGUUACCGUGGGCAACGCUGUUUGAGCCAACCAUCAGACUGGCACGGGAGGGGUUCCCGAUGCCACCCUACCUGGGCAAGCUGCUCAGCCACAAAUUGAUCCGACAGCUGGUGCAAAACACCUCCCUUUGUGAAAUAUUCUGCAGCAAAAAUAAGACAGUUUUAGGCAUAGGGGACACCCUCAGGUUCCCUAAGCUGGCUGAUACCAUGGAAACCAUCGCCCAGGAGGGGCCAGACGCCUUCUACACCGGCAAAAUAGCUCAAGACUUAGUGCAAGAUGUGCAUGACGCAGGUGGUACACUCUCCUCAGAAGAUCUUCAUCUUUAUAAAGUAAGAGAAUCAGAAGCGUGGGAAGUUCCACUGGGAGAGCACACACUGUACAUCCCUCCACCACCAUCAGGGGGAGCUCUUCUCAGUUUCAUCCUCAAAGUCAUGCAGGGAUACCACCUGUCUCCAGCCUCCGGGGAGGGAGAGCAGAGGAUCCUGACUCUCCAUCGCUAUAUUGAAACCCUCAAAUUCGCCAACGGCCUGAAGAGAGCCGUCAGAGAUCCCGAUUUUAACUCUGAGAAUUUGCCUCGGAUGAUGGAGAUGAAACAGAGCAGGUUCACUGAACGCAUCAGAUCUCUGAUAAAGGAUGACUCAACACAGUCAGACUCCUACUAUAACCUCACUGCGUCCACCGAUCACACUGGGACCACACACGUCUCUGUCCUGGCCCAGGACGGAUCUGCUGUGUCUGCAACCAGCACCAUUAAUCAAAUAUUCGGUUCUGCGGUGUACUCCAGGAGAACCGGAAUUAUCCUCAACAAUGAGCUGGUGGACUUCUGUGGGAGGGCUGAGGUUCUUAAAGCAGGAGAACAGCCGCCCUCCUCCAUGGCCCCAGCCUUCAUCGUCUCUGAGUCCAAGCAGAAGAUGCUGAUCAUCGGCGGGUCAGGGGGCACCUUGAUCACCACCGCUAUGGCCCAGGCCAUCAUGAACCACCUGUGGCUGGGCAUGAAUUUGACACAUGCCAUUUCGGAGCAGGUGGUGUUUGUUGACGGCAAGAACACUGUACAUUUUGAGUGUGAGGUUAUGGGCAGGACUUGUCCGGAAUCAUCCAGAAUGAGGAGUUUGGGACACAGGGUGGCACCGUUUCCGUAUUUCUUUAAUGUGGUGAACGCUGUGUUGAAGGAGCGCGGCUGUAUCACGGCUGUGUCAGACGCCAGGAAGCUCAGUCAGGCGGCUGGCUACUGAUCCAGCUCUACUCCUCACUGCUCCUCAGGGAGCGUUUGGGCGACUGUGAGUUCCCUGAUGGUUAAUCUGAUGCAUGUGUAACGGCCAGAAGGGACAGGGCCCCUGACAGAGGGCUUGAGAACCUCUGUCGAGUGGACACACAUUUCUGCACUGAACAUACUCCAGUUUUGAAGUACUUCUGAUGAUCUUCUAAGGUCACUCUGAACUCAGAGAGUUUCACAUUUGGAUUUUAAAAACACGGUCUGUUUAUUCCAUUUACUCUGAUUACUCUUUAUAAGAUGGGGUCAUUAAUUGGAGGGGGGUUUUUUAUGUGUUACUGUGUACUUGUGACUAAAUCCACAAAUGUGAAAAGGAGAAUACAUUGUUCCUCCGAACAAACACUACAUACAUUAAGCAAAAACGUAAAAGUAAGCUAAUUCCUUUCAGAUAACAAUAAUACAGUACCUUAUUUUAAUUCGAUUUAAACCGAGCAAAGCGGUUUAUUACACAUUAAUGCACAUUAGAGCAGGCUUGAGGCUAAAAGCACCUUAAAACAACCAUCGGCACAUUUCAGGAUAUGCAAACGUUAAAUCAAAUGUGAAUGUGACAUCAACUGACCAGAUUAUUCUUGUUCUACUUUUC